GAGAAGGGCAUGGACAAGCUGCCCAGGGUGGGAGGAAGGGCAGUAAUCUCUAGGAAGUAGAAGGCAGGUUUGCAGAGGACGCUGGAUAGGAGAUGAGGUGGGGGAAACCAAGGCCUGGGCUUCCCGCAGGCUGUAGCAAGGUUUUGGUGCUUACCACAGCAGCAGGAAUGCACUGGAGGGAUGUGACAGUGGAACGCAGGUGGCAGUGACACUCACUGCUGCUGAAGGAGCCGAAAGAACCAGCAUCUGACCUGUCCUGAACGCACCAUCGUCGGUUGCUGCUGAGCCAUGGCCGAAGGGGAGAUCACAACCUUUGCAGCCCUGACCGAGAGGUUCAAUCUGCCUCUAGGAAACUACAAAAAACCCAAACUGCUCUACUGCAGCAACGGGGGCCACUUCUUGAGGAUCCUUCCCGAUGGCACCGUGGAUGGGACCAGGGACAGGAGCGACCAGCACAUUCAGCUGCAGCUCAGUGCGGAAAGCGCGGGCGAAGUGUAUAUAAAGGGUACAGAGACUGGCCAGUACUUGGCCAUGGACACCGAAGGGCUUUUAUACGGCUCGCAGACACCAAAUGAAGAAUGCCUAUUCCUGGAAAGGCUAGAAGAAAACCAUUAUAACACUUACACGUCCAAGAAGCACGCGGAGAAGAACUGGUUUGUGGGCCUCAAGAAGAACGGGAGUUGUAAGCGCGGUCCUCGGACUCACUACGGCCAGAAAGCCAUCUUGUUUCUCCCCCUCCCGGUAUCUUCUGACUAAGGAGUCUGUUCUGGGUGCUCCCUAUUUUUGGUUGACCCUAAAAUGUUCCCUUGACCAUUGGCUGCGCUAACCCUCAGCCCACAGAGCCUGAAUUUGUAAGCAGUGCUUCUAAAUAGCCAGUUCACUUUUCCGCUGAGCCCUUCCCCACCACCCCAGCACAGUUUGGAACACGGGGACCAAAUUACUUCUAGGGGACAACUGGCUGGCCAGUCUAGGUCUGGGUUUGGAUAUCCAGAUGCUUCAGGGUACCUGCUACAAGUUGGACUUCGUGAUACAAAGAAGGGAGCCAUGUGUAGCAUCUGGAGGGGUCUAAGAAGUGGGUUCUUUUAGUAGCUGCAUGCUCUUUCCCCUUCUGAGUAACCCCUGGUUAUGAGUACCCCCAGGCACUUAGCAUGACUACCCUUCCCCCUACCAGCACCUCAUAAAUAUCAGUAAAGGAACUGAUAGUAA